AUGAAAUUCUGCCAUGUCACGUUUGUACCCAAUCAAAGCAACCACAAGAUUGGUAAAAGGCAUAAACCUCUCUCCAUGAUUUCCUAUUACACAGACGAUGAAAGUAACUCUACCAAAGAUCCUUUUGAUGGUUCUGUGGAUUUAUCUCAACAUUUCAACAUGCCAAUUACUGUCCCACUCUCUUCUCGAAGAAGCAUCAUGCCACUUCCUGCGUUAUUACAACCAAACACACCACAUGUGCCACAUGUCGUGCACAAAUCCAAUGUCUCUCAUUCUUCUCAGAAAAUGCAUGCACAAGAGGUAACCUCCGUCUCAACUCAAAGGCAUCCAAUGAAUCAAAGACAGCGAUUACCUUCUGUUGAAUACUCUCAACCGAUGGGAUUAAGCCUUCAGAGAAGAAUACAAAAUCUUCAAAGAAUGAAUCAAAAGCAGAUGGUCAAGUCGACAUCCCGUCGAUUUCAAAAGAAACCUCAAUAUGCAUGUCAUUUAGAUGUUUGUUAUCGAGAAGAUAUGGAAAGUAUUCCAAGUGCUAACAGUUCACUUCCAAAAUAUCGUCAUCACGAACACCCAAAAGUUAGGACGACAAGUGACAUUAUUUCAUGUCGCAGUGAGGCCAAUCUUUCAGGAAUGACCAUUCGAACCCAAUAUCAAGCAAGCUCAAUCUCUGCUCCCAUUCAACCACAAGCACGAAAUGACCAUUUGCUACAUUCAACUCCAUCGCUUCCAACCAUAGGCGCUAUAGAAACUCCAAAAACCAAAUCAACUGCCAGCACUAUUGUCCCCAAUAGAAAAAUUAGAACAUCCAUUACCUUGUUUGAAUUGUUGAAUCAUGAUGAAAAUUAA